AAAUUAAAGGAGCAGUGAUGGGAUCCUCAAGAACGAUGGGAUUAGGGCACUGCAUGGUUUAUGUUGUGGUUCUAAGUGCCAUUGCGGCUACAGUGACAUCAUACCCUUACUCAUCCCCGCAAGCACCACAAUACAAUACUCCAAGCCAUGAACACAAAUCACCUUACCCACCAAAAAAGUAUUCCCCAUACUACUCUGCAUCCCCACCACCUUCACCACAAUAUAGAAGACAAGGUCCUAAGUACACACCACAACCAAAACCAUACGUUUACAGUUCUCCACCCCCACCAACUUAUUACUCUCCUUCUCCCAAGGUUGACUACAAAUCUCCCCCACCUCCAUACGUCUACAGCUCACCUCCUCCACCAUACUAUUCUCCUUCUCCCAAGGUUGACUACAAAUCUCCUCCACCACCAUACGUCUACAGCUCACCCCCUCCACCAUACUACUCUCCUUCUCCUAAGGUUGAAUACACGUCUCCCCCACCUCCAUACGUCUACAGCUCACCCCCUCCACCAUACUACUCUCCUUCACCCAAAGUAGACUACAAAUCUCCCCCACCACCAUACGUAUACAACUCACCCCCUCCACCAUACUACUCUCCUUCUCCCAAGAUUGACUACAAAUCUCCCCCACAACCAUACGUCUACAGCUCACCCCCUCCACCAUACUACUCCCCUUCUCCCAAGGUUGAAUACAAGUCUCCCCCACCUCCAUACGUCUACAGCUCACCCCCUCCACCUUACUACUCUCCUUCUCCCAAGAUUGACUACAAAUCUCCCCCACUUCCAUACAUUUACAACUCACCCCCUCCACCAGACUAUUCUCCUUCUCCAAAGGUCACCUACAAAUCUCCCUCACCUCCAUACGUCUACAGCUCACCCCCUCCACCUUACUACUCUCCUUCUCCCAAGAUUGACUACAAAUCUCCCCCACUUCCAUACAUUUACAACUCACCCCCUCCACCAGACUAUUCUCCUUCUCCAAAGGUCACCUACAAAUCUCCCUCACCUCCAUACGUCUACAGCUCACCCCCUCCACCUUACUACUCUCCUUCUCCCAAGAUUGACUACAAAUCUCCCCCACUUCCAUACAUUUACAACUCACCCCCUCCACCAGACUAUUCUCCUUCUCCAAAGGUCACCUACAAAUCUCCCUCACCUCCAUACGUCUACAGCUCACCCCCUCCACCUUACUACUCUCCUUCUCCCAAGAUUGACUACAAAUCUCCCCCACUUCCAUACAUUUACAACUCACCCCCUCCACCAGACUAUUCUCCUUCUCCAAAGGUCACCUACAAAUCUCCCUCACCUCCAUACGUCUACAGCUCACCCCCUCCACCUUACUACUCUCCUUCUCCCAAGAUUGACUACAAAUCUCCCCCACUUCCAUACAUUUACAACUCACCCCCUCCACCAGACUAUUCUCCUUCUCCAAAGGUCACCUACAAAUCUCCCCCACCUCCAUACAUUUACAACUCACCCCCUCCACCAUACUAUUCUCCUUCUCCAAAGGUCACCUACAAAUCUCCCCCACCUCCAUACGUCUACAGCUCACCACCUCCACCUUACUACUCUCCUUCUCCCAAGGUCACCUACAAAUCUCCCCCACCACCAUACGUCUACAGCUCACCCCCACCACCAUACUACUCUCCUUCUCCCAAGGUCGCCUACAAAUCUCCCCCACCACCAUAUGUCUACAGCUCACCACCCCCACCAUACUACUCUCCUUCUCCUAAGGUCACAUACAAAUCUCCCCCACCACCAUACGUCUACAGCUCACCACCUCCACCAUAUUACUCUCCUUCUCCAAAGGUCACAUACAAGUCUCCACCACCACCAUAUGUCUCCAAGACGCCAUACUAUUGAUUUUGAAUGGUUUCAUCAACAAUAAAUAUGAUUGCAAUAAUUUACUUUUUGAUUUUUUGUCUUGGUUCUUAUGAUUUUGUUCCUUUGUUUUACUAUCUUUUUAAGUUUUAUAU